AUGUGCUCCCUGCGGGUUUGUGGCCAAAUCCUCCUGCCCAUUUUCGUCUCUAUCUUUCUCAUCCAACUGCUCAUCAGCUUCUCAGAGAACGGUUAUUCCCAAGUGUCCAGGCACAGGGGCAAGCUGAGACCAAAAGCUGUGGAUGAUGACGGAUGUUCAUUAAAGAAAAAUUGUCAAUUGUGCACAGAAGAUAGAAAAUGUUUUUGGUGCAGUGAAGAACAGGCUUGCAAAACGUUUUGUCUUUUGCGUUUGGGGUGUUCGAUAAGUUUGGUAUUUUGGUUGAACUGUACAGUUGACUUGUUUGGAUUUCUGAUGCUGCUGCUCAUUGCAAUAUUACUUAUAGCAUUCAUUUGGCAUUGCUGCGUCUUUCAAUGUUACCUGCAGGGGUAUGUUCAUUUUAUCCUUAGUAAGAAUGCACUUCAGGAUAUUGAAGAAAAUACGAAACCAGCUAUCAGGAAUGCUUUUCCUUUUUUUGUAUAA